AUGCCGGCCGAAAGGCGCUCUCUGCGAUCAAACAACAAAUCUGAUACCUCUUCAUCUGCUAACGGUGAGAAGGGGCCUUCAGACUCUCAAAACUCGGGUGCGAAAGACAAGGCGCCUACCACACGCGCCGCCGCCAACAAAGCCAAAGCCCAGCCCAAGAAGGACGCAAAGGGCGCAUCAAACGGCGAGAUGGGAGAGGAUGACAAGUCGCACACCAAUGGGUCCAAGUCAACCGGGAACGGUGUGAACGGAUCUGAAGAUGUUGAGAUGGGAGAGGACACGGCAGGUGCGCCUACAUCCUCAAUCAACGCCAACAAGGACCGCAAAGGUAACGAGAAGAUGACUGUUGUAGUGCCCCCGACCAAGGGUUCCAGAUCAUCUGGCAAGGACAAGGGAGAGGAUGUGACAAUGGAAGGUGCGGAAGACGAUGCUGAGAACGCUGAGCCUGAGGUCGACCCGACAACCAAGGCCAUUCAAGACAUCAAGACCAAUUUCACCUUGCUCGAGCGAGCCGUUGCCCACUUCGACCCCAGAUUCACCCUUCGUGUCCUACGAUCGAUAUCCUCGAUGCGGAAACACCUCACUCCGGAGGUCCUCGCGGAGGUCAUUGUGGAGACCUACUCUCCUUCGAGCUCCACGGCUACCUUCCUUCUGACGGCACUCAACCAAGCGAACGCUUUCGAAAAUGCCCCGGCCAACUCACAGAUGGAGGUUGACUCCGAGAAGAAGACUGCACCCAAGGAGACUCUUGCCGAGGUGGACGCAUAUCUCUCGAUCCUCGUCCAGAUUUACUUGUUCGACCAGCGAGAGAUUCAGAAGGGAGCUCAGUUCUCAACAGAUUUGAUCGAACGCCUGCGAGCUCUCAACCGUCGCACCUUGGAUUCUCUUGCCGCGCGCGUGUACUUCUAUUACUCCCUCUUCUUCGAACAAAUCGCCCCGCUUCCUCCUUCCCCUGCCGCGGCCGUUACCACCAUUCGUCAGUCAUUGCUGGCGGCUCUGCGUACUGCCGUGCUCCGGAAGGACGUUGACACACAGGCCACUGUGAUGACACUGCUGCUUCGCAACUACCUGUCUACAUCCCACAUCUCCCAGGCCGAUCUUCUGAUCUCUCACAACCCCUUCCCUGUCGCUGCAUCCAACAACCAGAUCGCUCGGUAUAUGUUCUACCUCGGCCGCAUUCGUGCCAUCCAGCUGCAGUACACUGAGGCCCACAGCCACCUCAUCGGGGCCACCCGCAAGUCUCCCGCUAGCCCCGUGGCUCGUGGCUUCUACCAAGCUUCUCACAAGCUGUUGGUGGUCGUUGAGCUGCUGAUGGGUGAUAUUCCAGACCGUUCCGUUUUCCGUCAACCGGCUCUGGAGCGAGCUAUGCACCCUUACUUGUUGCUUUCUCAAGCAGUCAGUGUUGGUGACUUGGAUGGUUUCCUUACCAUUGUCAACACCCACAGUGAAACUUUCCGCAAGGAUGGUACAUACACCCUCAUUCUGCGCUUGCGCCAGAACGUGAUCAAGACAGGCAUCCGUAUGAUGUCACUCUCUUACUCCCGCAUCUCUUUGCGGGAUAUCUGCCUACGCCUCGGUCUCGACAGCGAGGAGUCUGCUGAGUAUAUUGUAGCUAAGGCUAUUCGCGAUGGUGUCAUUGAGGCUACGCUUGACCACGAGCAUGGCUUCAUGAAGAGCAAGGAGGUCGGUGAUAUUUACGCCACUCGAGAGCCCGGUGAGGCGUUCCACGAGCGCAUUCGCGCUUGUCUGGCUCUCCACGAUGAGAGUGUCAAGGCUAUGCGCUUCCCCAUGAAUCAGCAUCGCCUGGAGCUCAAGAGUGCUCAAGAGGCUCGUGAGCGUGAGCGUGAGCUUGCCAAGGAGAUCCAGGAGGGUGACAUUGAUGAUGAGGACGCCGGUGGUGAUUUCGAUGCCAUCUAA